AUGGCAAGAAUCAUUCAAAGAGAUAAGGAUGGCAGACCGUUUUUCGUGCCUCCACCGCCGCCAGAGACGAAUCCGGAAGAUGAAGAAAGAAAUAUGGAAAUUAAAACUGCGCUCGACAGUCCACUAGAAGAGCUGGCAGCGGAAAUGAAAACCUUCAAACUUGACAUCAACGAGGAGCUCAACCGGAUCUUCAAUCAGUCUUCCACUCUCCAAACAAAACCCGUGGCUUCAAUUAAAAACUAA